CGCAGCCAAGAACACCUAUCGAGCUGAGCCUGCGAUGUGACAUGGCAUGCUCGCAGGGGAAAACAACAAACAACUGAUCCUGGGAGGAACAGGAAGCGUUGGGUGCUGGAUUAUAAGAACAUGUCAACAGCCGGGAGACCUCAAUCAAGAUCAAUAACUCUCAGGAGCACACCGAGAAGAGCAUCAACUUGUGCCUCUUCAGUCUCGCACCAUGAUGUCGUCAGGCUUGAAAUGGGGUGCGCUGCUAUCAGCAUGUCUCCUCACCGUUGGCGCAAAUGCUUGCGCUGCUGACAACUGCUACCGCGCCCUCUUCCCAUGCCCAUCGCCCUCCGCCGUCUCGGUCGCGUCGGCCUUCUGCGCAACCGUCACGGCCAACGGCGUAACCGCCACCAAUUUCCCGACGAGGGCAACGGCGGCCUGCGGCACCGCCCCCGCCAAGUACAUCUCCGCCUGCAAGUGCGGCCCGACCUGCAGCGGGCCCGCUCCGACGCCGACGGCCACGUGCACCCCGACGGCCACCGCCGGCGUCGUCAACGGGGACUUUGAGUGCGGCCUCGCGCCCUGGACCGUCCAGCUGCCGGACUCGGCCGCGACAGAUAGCAUCGUGCCCACGGGGUACACCAGCGGGCACUCGUUCCAGAUCGACUUCAACCCGCCAUCGGUCGCGAACGACCAAGGGGUCAGCGCGCGCGUCCUCGCCGCGCCGGUUCCCGUCACGCCGGGUGUCACCUACCUGCUCAGCUUCGCGACCUGGUUCAAGCCCGGCUCCGAGGGCUUCGUCGGCGUCAAGAUCAACGGCCUGCCGCACCAGACGGUCGACGCCGGCGACUUUGGCAUGGACGUGUGGCACGUCAACAAGCUGGCGUGGACGGCGAAGGCGGGCGACACGGCGGCCGUCCCGGAGUUUGAGUUCCUGGUCGGGCCGCCCGCGACCGUCAGCCGCAUCGACGCCGUGUCGUUCGUCGCGCUGGCGUCAUGCGACGACGGGCCGUGGCCGGGGAUCCUGCCCAACGGCGACUUUGAGUGCGGCGUCGGGUCCUGGACCGUCGAGGUGCCCGACCCGGCGGCGACGGCGGGCGUCGUGGAGGGCGGGGGGUUCAUCUCGGGGAGGGUGUUUGAGGUCGACUUCCAUUACCCGGCCGUGCAUACCGAGCUGGGCGUCAGCGCGAGGGUCUGGAGUAAGCUGCUGCCCGUCACGCCGGGGUGGACGUACAAGCUCACGUUCUAUACCUGGUUCAGCUCUGGUUCCGACGGGUUCGUUGGCGUCAGGAUCAACGAGGGUGCUGCUGGCAAGACUGUCGAUGCUCAGGACCAUUACCCUUUGGGCGUCUAUCACGCCAACGAGUUGCUCUGGACUGUACCUGCUGGGGUUACCACGGCGACUGUCAAGUUUGAGUUCCUGUUUGGUGCCACGAGUGUCAACAGGAUCGAUGGCAUUACUUUUCAGCCUGUUUAA